CGCUCAGAGGUGUUGGGCGUGUCGUGGCGGCGAGCGAGUUCCUGCGAGGACCCCGGUGAUCUCCUUCCGCCCGCAGCCUCCCGCCCGGUCGCCCCGCGCCCCUUCCAGCGCCUUCCGCCUACAGCCCGUCGGAGCUCCGGAGAUGAAUUUCGCCAUCUCUUCAGAGAUGACCCAGAUUAUGAUGCAUGAUUAUCACAGAAGAAAUUCAUGUCUAUAGCUUUUAAGGACUUGAUUACAUCAUUUUCAAGCCUGCUAGUUUUGGAACCACCAUUAAGACAUCCGCCUUCACUUGGCCACCUCUCUUCACACUGUAACGAAGUGCUUUCUUUCAACACUCCUUUGUCUUCGGACCCUUUGCGUUCUCAGUGACACAUUUCUCUUCAGUAAUAGUUGCCAAAUUUAUAAGGAAAAAUGAUUCCCAAUGGAUAUUUGAUGUUUGAAGAUGAAAAUUUUAUUGAAUCUUCUGUGGCCAAAUUAAAUGCCUUGAGGAAAAGUGGGCAGUUCUGUGAUGUUCGACUUCAGGUCUGUGGCCAUGAGAUGCUAGCACACAGGGCAGUCCUGGCUUGCUGUAGCCCCUAUCUAUUUGAAAUCUUCAAUAGUGACAGUGACCCUCAUGGAGUUUCUCAUGUGAAGUUGGAUGAUCUCAAUCCAGAAGCUGUUGAAGUCUUGCUGAAUUACGCAUACACUGCUCAGUUGAAAGCUGAUAAGGAAUUAGUAAAAGAUGUUUAUUCUGCAGCCAAGAAACUGAAGAUGGACCGAGUCAAGCAGGUCUGUGGAGAUUAUUUACUAUCUAGAAUGGAUGUUACUAGCUGCAUCUCUUACCGAAAUUUUGCAAGUUGUAUGGGAGACUCCCGUCUGCUGAGUAAAGUUGACGCUUACAUUCAGGAGCAUUUGUUACAAAUUUCAGAAGAGGAAGAGUUUCUUAAGCUUCCGAGACUAAAGUUGGAGGUAAUGCUUGAAGAUAAUGUGUGCUUGCCCAGCAAUGGCAAGUUGUAUACAAAGGUAAUCAACUGGGUGCAGCGUAGCAUCUGGGAGAAUGGAGACAGCCUGGAGGAGCUCAUGGAAGAGGUUUAUUAACAAAACUAGGAUCCCCAAGACUGAAGAACCGAGAAGAAACCUCCAGUGUAUUGACACGUAAAGAAGCAGCAGUCCUGCCCCAGUUCUCCUAAGAAAAGUCCGCUGUGGGCAGAGAGCGAUGAUGAUUUAAUGGUGUUUACUCCUUUACAGGGUUCUUACCGCUAAAGCUUUGUGUUUUCAAUGGUGUUGUUCUUACAUAUAGUCAGACUUGGGGCUGUUUUUUAAAAAUACACAAGAAAAACAAAAUUUGAUGGAAAAGUUGGGACUGGUCCAUGUGUUGAUUGGAGCAGUGGAGUAAUUGAGUGUAUCAUUCCACAGAGCCCUCCACGCUCACAAAGCUAGCCUGCUCUGUUAGGCCUUAAUCACUGCCGUUACUGCAUUCUAUAAAGGCUAGCAGAUGUUCUUUCAGUUCUGUGCCUUCUUAUGUGGGAGUCAGAUGCAGUAGUCAUGUAUUUGCAUCUGCAGGAAGAGUGCAGCUUGCUUGAAUUUUCGCAUUUGUUUUUUCUUUGUGUUUUCUUGACAUUACCUACAGGGGAGAAGUAUGUUUAUUCAAACAGUACCAUUUAUCUUCAGAGGUGUAAACCAUUCAGUGUUUUGUUGUAAAUAUGUGUAUUUAAGAAACUAUGUGUUGUACUAUACCUUUUUUCUUAAUGUCACAUAAUAGAAGCUAUGGAAACAAGGAAGAUUUCUUUCAAGCCAAUCAAGCCAAGGACUCUUCAGCCAGUGUUAGAAGAUUUUGUAUUUGAUCUUGAUUUUUGUUUUGUUUUGUUUUGUUUUCGAUUUUUACAUUUUUACUACUAUGACAUGUUUUUCUUUGCAUCGGGAUCCUGCCAGAGUAAGAUGUCAAGACGCACACUGGAGGUUACCUUGAGGCGGUUGUGUAAUCUGCGGACUAGCGAGUAGCCAUGGUGACAGUAGCCACAUGGGUGUUCUGUUGCUGUUUUGCAGGUUCAAACCUUGUACUACUCAGCUGAUCACAAGCUGCUUGAUGGGAACCCACUAGAUGGACAGGCUGAGGUGUUUGGCAGUGAUGAUGACCACAUUCAGUUUGUGCAGAAAAAGCCACCCCGUGAGAAUGGCCAUAAGCAGAUAAGUGGCAGUUCCACUGGAUGUCUCUCUUCUCCAAAUGCUUCAAUGCAAAGUCCUAAGCAUGAGUGGAAAAUCGUUGCUUCAGAAAAGACUUCAAAUAACACUUACUUGUGCCUGGCUGUGUUGGAUGGUACGUUCUGUGUCAUUUUCCUUCAUGGGCGGAACAGUCCCCAGAGCUCACCAACAAGUACUCCGAAAUUGAGCAAGAGUUUAAGCUUUGAGAUGCAACCAGAUGAGCUCCUAGAAAAGCCCAUGUCUCCCAUGCAGUACGCACGGUCUGGACUAGGGACAGCAGAAAUGAAUGGCAAACUCAUAGCUGCAGGUGGUUAUAACAGAGAGGAGUGUCUUCGAACUGUUGAAUGCUAUGAUCCACAUACAGAUCAUUGGUCCUUUCUUGCUCCCAUGAGAACACCAAGAGCCCGCUUUCAAAUGGCUGUGCUGAUGGGACAGCUCUAUGUGGUGGGUGGAUCAAAUGGACACUCAGAUGACCUGAGUUGUGGAGAAAUGUAUGAUCCAAGCAUUGAUGACUGGACUCCUGUUCCAGAGUUGAGAACUAACCGUUGUAAUGCAGGAGUGUGUGCUCUGAAUGGGAAGUUGUACAUUGUUGGUGGCUCUGAUCCAUAUGGUCAAAAAGGCCUGAAAAAUUGUGAUGUAUUUGAUCCUGUAACGAAGUCGUGGACAAGCUGUGCUCCUCUUAACAUUCGUCGACACCAGUCUGCAGUUUGUGAACUUGGUGGUUAUUUGUAUAUAAUUGGAGGUGCAGAAUCUUGGAAUUGUCUGAACACAGUAGAACGAUACAAUCCUGAAAAUAACACCUGGACAUUAAUUGCACCCAUGAACGUGGCUAGGCGAGGAGCUGGAGUCGCUGUGCUUAAUGGAAAGCUGUUUGUAGGUGGUGGCUUUGAUGGUUCUCACGCCAUCAGUUGUGUGGAGAUGUAUGAUCCAACUAGAAACGAGUGGAAGAUGAUGGGAAAUAUGACUUCAGCAAGGAGCAAUGCUGGGAUCACAACUGUAGGGAAUACUAUUUAUGCGGUGGGAGGAUUCGAUGGCAACGAGUUUCUGAAUACCGUGGAAGUCUACAACUUUGAGUCAAAUGAGUGGAGCCCUUACACAAAGAUUUUCCAGUUUUAACAAAUUUAAGAACCCUAAACUAACAGGCUUAGUGAUGUAAUUGUGUUUAGUAGAGGUACACUUGUGAAUAAGGAGGGUGGGUGGGGUAGAUGUUGCUAACAGCAACACAGAGCUUUUGCAUAUUGCAUAUUAUUAAACAUGCUGUACAUACUUUUUGUGUUUGGAACGGAAUGCAAAGAUGAAGGUCUGUUUGUGUAUUCUUAAGACAUCUUUGGUUAUUUUACUUUUUGAAGGUUGAUACUGUAAAAGAAUAAACCACAAAUUGAUUGGGAACAUCACUUCAAGAAGUCCCUGCUCCUCCACAUUUGUUUUGCCAAUUUGCACAUUAAAUGACUCUUCCCUCAGUUCUGUCUUAAGAGACAAGAGGGUGGGGUUUACAUACACGUAGGCAGUUGGGUUUUUUAAGGGCCCCUUUUCAAUAACUGGAACACUCUAUAACAAGAUACUUAUUUAAAUAGAUAACAAUGACUAUUUUUGUUUUUAUUAAAAGAAAGUUGACAUGCCUACCAAUAUUUAGUCUUUUAUGAUUACAUUUUUAUAACUUUUUAUAUUCUCAGCAGAGUGCUUUAUCUGUUGAAGUAAAAUGCUACAGAUUCACAUCAAAGCAGAGUGGCCAAGGAAGGAAUGCAGAGCAGGGUGUUUCUUUUAAAUGCUCAGAACACAAACUUCAGCAUUUGCUGCAGCUGUACUUUUUUUUCUUACCUAUUUGAGAGUGCAGUAUCAAUGUUAUUUGGGUGGAGUUGCUGAAUAGUAACAGUAAUAAUUCAAACCCAGGUUUGAUGAGUUACCUGACUUACUGAAACAUUUAAACUGUCUUUAUUUAUCAUUAACCAAACAAUUGUAAGUGGAAGCCUUUGAUUGAAAACAAUUAAACUGUAUUGGGUUUGUGAAUGCA